UUGGACAUAGACUCACAGAUGGUUAACCUUGGUGCAUCACUCAAAAUAUUUGAUCUAAAGUAGCCAAUAGCUAAAUAGGAUAGUUCUGAUUGGUCUUUUUGGGAAUAGCCAAAGGACGACGCUCAUAAGUUAUAAAGUCGAAAGAACUUUAGUGAAGUUCAUUUUGUAAUACGACAACGGGUAUAUUGUGAACUACUGAAUAACACUACUAUAGUUAACUGUUAAAUAACAUUAUGGACGUGCAAUUGUGCGAUGGUUCAUUGGGUGAUGAGAAUGAUGGUACAAAAUCUUUGGGAACUAUAGUUAAAGAAGAGUCUAGUGGAGACAUUCCAAAUGUGAAUUCAAAUAUUAAUGUAUGUGAUGGUAUGGAGUUCAAGCGAAAGCGCUCCGUUAUAAAGGAAAGGCGUUUUGUAAUAAAUGAUAUGGUUGAAACAGUUGAUUUUGGUCUACUACCCGAGGGUUGGCUCCAACUACGUCAUAUUUCUGGACUUAAUGUAUAUUUACACAGAUCAAGCCGAGUGGUGACACUUUCAAGACCAUACUCUAUUGGACCGAGUAGUGUACGUCACCAUCGUAUUCCUGUAUCGGCUAUUCCAUGUUUGGCUUAUCGUAAAGCUAGUGGAAAAAAUUUUUAUCCAACUGAAUCUCAUAAGGUCCCUUCAGAAUUCACUAGUCCAAUAAAUGAGUUAAAUAAUGAAACAGUAUGCUGUCCGUUUGAAAAAUCACCAACAAACAUCCCAUCUGAAGAUGUACAAACAGUUCAAAGAUUAGACCUAUCUAAUGAAUCGUUAGAAGAUGAAGUGUCAGUGAUAAAUAACAAGCAUGAGGAUAAGCUACCAAUUAAUGAUGGUGUUUCAGUAUCAUUCAGUCGUAGUAGAAAUAACUCGUUUUCAUUACCUGAAGAUAAUAAUAAUACUAAUCACGAUGUUGAUGUAGUGAAAAGUAAAAAUUCCGAUAAAGAAGAAGGUGAAUUAUCUUCUGGUGAUGAUGAAAAAGAGAAUUCAUUUGAAGAUGAUAGUCGAGCUAAAAAACCACGUUUGAAUAAUGAUGACGAUGUUAGUAGUGGUGUUGGCGAAGAUUCAAUCGAUUGUUCAUCCAACGAAAUAUCAUCUUUACAAAAUUCGUUAACUAAAGUAGCUGAAGAAGUGUCAAGUACUUGUAAUAACGUCCUAUAUAAUAGACCAACUCAUUUCGGAAAUAGAUAUCGUAAAUUUAGACGUGGUAAUCUAACCAAAAGAUCUUGUUUAACAACACCACCAAAUAUUCAACUGUCAGAGUCUGAUCGUAUAUCUAACGUAUCUGCCAAUAAACAAAAUGAGGCACCUACUGGAACUCAAGAAAUUGUUGCCGUUAAAACUCAGGUGUUUUCUAUUAAAGACAAAGAAAAAGAAUCUCUGUUGACACCUGAUGAUAUUCGUGAAUAUUGUGGACGUCUUUUUGAAAUCAGAGUAGAAGAUACAGUAUUUAAAAGAAAUCGUGAAUAUCAUUGUACAACAGAUCUUACUACUAAAGAAUCAGAAGACAUACAGAAACCAUUACUGAUGAUGUCAGAACAGGCAAAAGUUAUUCGAUAUCAAAUACCAUCGGCUGACGGAAACGUGUCGCGAAAGCAGCCUAAAGAGGGUAUGAUCAAUAUGACUGGUAAAUCAUAUGUUUGCAUUCUUCAUGAGUAUUGCCAAAAUGUUAUACGUCGUCCGCCAACAUAUCAGACAACAGUUCUAGAAAAUGAUAAAAAUCCCUAUCAAAUGACAGUAUUUAUUAAUGGUAAUCCAUAUGGAACCGGUACAGGGCAAAGUAAAAAGUGUGCAAGAUUAGAAGCGGCUCGUAAGGCGCUUGAAGUUUUAAUUCCGGAUUUUCAAAAGAUUGUUUGUAGCAAUUCACAUCAAACAGGUCCAGUGGUAGCAUCUGAUCGUGAUAUGCAGUUGUUCGAUUCCAUUUCAGUGACUGAUCCACGUUUAUAUGAAUUAUCUGUGCGUAUGGCAUUACCUACUCCAUAUAAUCUGCUUGUUGAGUGUUUAAGUCGAAGUUGUGUUCCUGAGUCUGAUUUGAAGUCAAAUAUGAUAUCUCAAGGACGCAGUAAACACUUUUUCACUUUACAGCUGAGAGAACAUACUGUUAAGGUUAGAUGUAAAAACAAAAGAGAAGGUCGUCAUUUAUCUGCUCAACAUCUUUUAGCCCGUCUACAUCCUGAAGUUAGUACCUGGAGUGGUCUUUUACGUAUUUAUGGUCCGGGUAGUAAACCAGACAAGCGAAAUGAAUUGGAAACAAUCCAAGAUGCACAAAUUCAACAGAAGUCUGCUGUAAAAGCUAGUUUAAUUCGUUUAUUGAAAGCGAAAAUGAGUGAAUUAGCUGACCAGUGGGUAAAUAUUAUUUAUUUAUUCAUUUUAUUUAUUUGAACACAUAGAUAUUGGUACAAGAAGGCACCAAAUACGUAUGCGCCACACAGGUCUCAUUUGAUAUGUGUGAGGGCUGUGAUACUGCCCGGGUGCCCAAACCGAACCAGGUGGUUUUCUUAGGGGGCCACACCCCGAGCCUUUGACCUGAAGAUCUGAUCCACAAGGCAGUGGAGCAUCGUGAGGAUAUGCAGUCCCAUGGUAGCCGGUGACCAAAGAUUAGUUCAUACGCCAUUUGUUCCCGCAGGAUACUGGAGCCCAUGUGCACCAUUGGUUUGGAAUCAGGGGUUUCCAACUCCCUUAGGUGACUCCUCCAUAUCUACCAACCCGAUUAAAGCGCCGGGCAUUCGCUUUUGGUUCUCUCAACUUCGUAAACGACACCCGUGGUGCGAGAAGACAGUGAGUAGGACUUCCCCGGCAGUAGAUGUACACGUAUGGCCAUGUGAGAGAAUUUCGAGAGGGUGAGCGGACUCUCGGUCUUUGGGGACAAUUAGUAAAUAACUGUUUUCAAUUAAAGAUUUUGCUGUAAUAUGAUGAGUUAAAAUAAUUUCAAUUCAUUUAUCUUGAACUCCAGACCGUGCUAUUUAAACUGUUAGGUUGUUGAAGUGGUUUUUCACCUGGAGUUUUCCAGCUUACAUUAUACGAUCAUUUUUAUGGCUUUAUUUCUAUCCGUUUAUCUGUUGAGUUCUUUUUUGACAGAACACCGAAGUCUCUAUUUUAAUAUCACACUUUUAUCUAACUUACAAUGUUAAUUAUCUAAAAAAUAUGAAACACUAGUCAAUAUGUGCUGCUUAAGAUUUAGAUUACUAUUGUUAUUUAUUUCGUUAUAUAGAAUUUCUCAGCCAUAACCAAUCCCGAAUGAAUGAAUUUAUUUAAGGAAAAUCAGUUGUUUAUUUCAUGUAAAUGUACUUUCUUUUAUAUGUCUACAUCUUACAUAUAUCCCAUCUCCCUAAAAUGGUUUGAUAAAGUUAUUUUAUUGAUGCAUGUUUUUUUAAACAAAGAACUUCACUUAUAACAUUCUGUGAUAACUAUCAAAAUGUAUCAGAUGUGUACAAAACGUCUACUGUUUGAAAUAUAUGACUAAGGCUUUUAACCCCAUGCUUCACCAGACAGCGAGGCUCAACUGUUCAAAUCUGAGCGCUUUAACCAUUAAGCUAUUGCUUCAUUAUAAACAUUUUUCAUGUGAUCACAACAUUAGAUUUCAUGUACUUCUGGCAUAAUUUUUUUUUAUAAAGCAACCAGUAGAAAAUUCUAAACUAUUUAAUCACAAUUUGAGUAUUUUGAUGAUGACGUUGCAAUCAGUCAUGCUCCAUGUCUUUGGUAAAUUCGACACGUUAUCUUGAAUGUUAUUUAUAGCAGUGGUUCUGCGCUUCCUUAUUACCUUUCGUUUCCAUGAUCAAUUCCAAAGUUGACGAUAUUCCCUAGGGUUUUUUAUUAUAGUUCUAUCACGUCUGAACAUGUGAACACAUAUUACGUAUGUCUUAUGAAUAAAUAACUAGUUUUGUGUCUUUCCAUGAAUACUUCCUGUUAGCAUAGCAUCGUUGUCUGUUUCCCUAGUAAUAUUUAUUCUUUCGCGAUUUUUAAUAUCAAUUUUGUAACCAGCCCAAUUUAAUUAUUCGGAUCUCCUUAAAUUCCUUGAUACUUUGUUUUGGAUUUAGGAAAAGUCUGACGGAAGCCUGAAACCGAAAGGGAAGUUUUUUGUUUCACCCUACAACCUUCCUGUGGUCGCUUUCCAUCCCGACUCUGAGGGUGACUUGUAUAGUUCUGCACCAAUUGCAUCUUCUUCCUCCCCACCCAUACUACCCUCAACAUCGGAUUAGUCGAUUUUGUGUAACGUAAUUUUCAUUUCCAAUAAUAAAACAUUAUUUCCAUUUUUCUUCCGGUACUGUUCAUUGAUUUUACUGUAUUUACUUUGUCACUGUACUGAAUACAAGUCAUAAUACAUGAC